GGAGAUUGUACCUUCAAAAUCCAAACACUAUCUACAGUUUCUUCUAAAAGAGAUCUUCGACAUAUCAAAUUCACCACUACCACCAACAUUAUCAUCGUCUCGUCUUCAACAAUACACUCCAGUUUCCUCCCCCUUUCCGCCCUUCCAUAUCCACCGGUUUACCCGUGAAGGCACAGAUUUUAUAGCAUAAUCUCCGGCGGUUCAGCGGAAUUAACUUCACCGAAGCUACUGCAAAGCGUGGGGAAGAAGAGAGAUCGAGGAGAUGCGGGGGAAAAUCUAGGUUUUAGUCUCGGCAACAGGGGACGAAUUACUCUGUCCGCCAUUAACGUCUGGCGAAGCGAGAGAGCAAGGGACAUAUCCUGCUCCAUAAAAUCGAAUACCACUAACCGAACAACCCGGUUUGAUGAUAGGGUAAAUUUGGAAUCACAAAGCUAAAUGUCUUACGUGACACGCCUACGUGGAUUUUUAUGCUCUCUCUUUUCAGAGAUGAAGCAUCAAACGAGGAAACAAAAACAACCGGGAGAGAAAAUCCGAGGGAAAACGCGAGAAAAUUUCUUAGUUUCUGCGAAAUUUUUGUUGCUUUUAUUCUCUCUGGGAAGAGCUUUAAGGGGUUUAAGGUCUCUGCGGUUGCUUGGUCCGCAAAACGUGCUUUUCUACGUCGAUCAGACUUGGAGAGAGAGAGAGAGAGAGAGAGAGAGGAUACGUUCUUGAAACAUCUCCUGUCUGAUUAAUCGUUAGAUCCAUGGUGGAGAAACACCUUUUGAUUGGGUUCUCACGGAGUUUUUUCUAAUGUUUCUCCCGUUUGGAAAUCUUCAUUCGCUAGGAAAAUAUAACAAGAUUUAGCCGUGAAAAUGGCUGCUUCAGUAAAGGUAGCUUUGGGGUCGUACGUCUGGGUAGAAGAUACAGAUGAAGCCUGGCUUGACGGAGAAGUUGUCGAAGCUAACGACGUUGAGGUCAAAGUAAAAUGCGAAACCAAGACGGUUACAGCAAAGGUAAAUGCUGUCCACCCCAAGGAUCCGGAGUUUCCUGAACUUGGCGUCGACGACAUGACAAAGCUUGCCUAUUUGCAUGAACCUGGGCUUCUUCUUAAUCUUAAGUCCCGGUACAAUGCAAAUGAAAUUUAUACAUACACAGGGAAUAUACUGAUAGCUGUGAACCCCUUUAAAAGAUUACCCCACCUAUACGGAAAUGAGAUCAUGGAACGGUAUAAAGGCUCAGAUUUUGGCGACUUAAGCCCACAUCCUUUCGCAGUUGCUGAUUCUGCAUACAGAAUGUUAAAAUUUAGAAAAAUGAUCAACGAAGGAGUGAGCCAGGCGAUCUUGGUGAGUGGAGAGAGCGGUGCUGGGAAGACUGAGAGCACAAAGAUGCUCAUGCAGUAUCUUGCAUACAUGGGUGGUAAAGCUGAGAGUGAAGGCCGAUCUGUAGAGCAGCAAGUUUUGGAGUCAAAUCCAGUUUUAGAAGCUUUUGGCAAUGCAAAAACAGUCAGAAACAAUAAUUCAAGUCGUUUUGGUAAAUUUGUGGAGAUUCAGUUCAAUCAAAUGGGUAGAAUCUCAGGAGCUGCUAUUAGGACGUAUUUGCUCGAGAGGUCACGAGUUUGUCAGGUUUCUGAUCCUGAGAGAAACUAUCAUUGCUUUUACAUGCUCUGCGCUGCGCCAGAACAGGAAAUUGAGCGGUAUAAAUUAGGGAAACCCAGCACAUUCCACUACCUAAAUCAAUCGAAUUGCCAUGCAUUGAGUGCAUUUGAUGAUUCCAAGGAGUACCUAGAUACGAGGAAAGCUAUGGACGUUGUUGGGAUCACUUCUGAAGAACAGGAUGCAAUAUUCCGGGUAGUGGCUGCUAUUCUUCAUCUAGGAAACAUUGAGUUUGUUAAGGGAGAAGAGUCAGAUGCUGCAGAACCCAAGGACGAUAAAUCCCGCUUCCAUCUGAAAGUGGCUGCAGAACUUUUCAUGUGUGAUGAGAAAGCAUUAGAGGACUCCUUAUGCAAAAGGGUAAUGGUGACUCGUGGUGAAAGCAUUACAAAGUCGCUUGAUCCUGGUAGUGCAGCUCUAAGCAGAGAUGCUCUUGCCAAGAUUGUCUAUUCUAAAUUGUUUGAUUGGCUUGUGACAACGAUCAACAAUUCUAUAGGCCAAGACCCCAGUUCAAAAUACAUUAUUGGAGUCCUGGAUAUAUAUGGAUUCGAGAGUUUUAAGACAAACAGCUUUGAACAGUUUUGUAUAAACCUGACAAACGAGAAGCUGCAACAACAUUUCAACCAGCAUGUAUUCAAAAUGGAGCAAGAAGAGUAUACUAAAGAAGAGAUUGACUGGAGUUACAUAGAGUUCAUCGAUAAUCAGGAUGUCCUUGAUCUUAUAGAAAAGAAACCUGGCGGCAUUAUUGCCCUUAUCGAUGAGGCGUGCAUGUUUCCAAGAUCGACACAUGAAACACUUGCGCAAAAGCUAUACCAGACAUUUAACAGCCACAAGCGUUUUACCAAACCAAAAUUAGCUCGUACAGACUUUACCAUCUGCCAUUAUGCUGGUGAUGUAACUUAUCAGACUGAACUGUUUUUGGACAAGAACAAAGAUUAUGUUGUUGGAGAACAUCAAUCUCUCAUGAACUCUUCAGAAUGUUCCUUUGUCUCUUCUUUGUUUCCAAAACCGCGAGAGGAAUCCUCAAAAUCAUCUAAGUUCUCAUCAAUAGGCUCUCAGUUCAAGCAACAACUACAAUCUUUGCUCGAGACGUUGAGCACCACAGAGCCGCACUACGUACGCUGUGUUAAACCAAAUAACGUUCUUAAGCCAGAUAUUUUUGAGAACCUUAACGUUCUACAUCAACUUAGGUGUGGGGGAGUCAUGGAAGCCAUUAGAAUUAGCUGUGCUGGAUAUCCUACUAGAAAGUCUUUCAGUGAGUUUUUAACUAGGUUCCGAAUUUUGGGACCAGAGGCUACAAAUAAAAGCUUUGACGAAGUUAAUGCUUGCAAAAAGCUACUAGCAAAAGUGGACCUAAAAGGUUUCCAGAUAGGGAAGACAAAGGUGUUUCUUAGGGCAGGUCAGAUGGCAGAGCUGGAUGCUCACCGAGCUGAAGCUCUUGGCCAUUCAGCAAGGAUCAUACAGAGGAAAGUCCUUUCUUAUCAGUCUCGUAAAAAAUAUUUGAUGUUACAGUCCGCUUCAACUGAGAUCCAAGCCUUUUGUAGAGGACAUGUUGCACGCCUUCAGUUUAAGUCCAUGAGAAGAGAAGCAGCUUCUCUGAGAAUUCAGAAGCAGGCCAGGACUUAUAUAUGCCAGACAGCCUAUAAAAGGCUGUGUGUUUCAGCUAUUUAUGUUCAGACUGGGUUGCGCGCAAUGGCUGCUCGAGUCGAACUUCAGUACAGGAUGAAGAGAAGAGCGGCAAUCAUCAUUCAAAGUCAGACCCGAAGAUUUUUGUGUCGGAGGCGGUUUUUGAGAAUGAGGAAAGCAGCUAUUACCACUCAAUGUGGCUGGAGAGUGAAAAUUGCACGCCGAGAAUUGCUGAAGCUUAAAAUGGCUGCUAAGGAAACAGGAGCCCUCCAAGACGCGAAGAAUAAGUUAGAAAAGGAGUUGGAAGAACUCACUUCAUGCUUAGAGCUUGAGAAACUGAUGAGGAUGAAGCUUGAGGAAGCCAAAACUCAAGAAGUUGAAGAGUUGAAAGCAGCUUUGGAUGAUAUGAAACUCCAGCUCGGGGAAACUCAAGAAACCAAAAGUGAGGAGAUCUUGAAGUUGCAGUCCGCUUUACAAGACAUGCAAUUAGAAUUUGAAGAACUUUCUAAGGAUCUGGAGAUGACGCAUGAUCUCGCUUCAGAAAAUGAACAUCUCAAGGAGUUGGUGAGCUCAUUGCAAAGUAAAACUGAUGUAUCCGAGACCAAAUAUGAAGAAACAAGUAAGCUAAGUGAAGGCCAAAUAAAACAGGAGGUUCCCGUCAUUGACCAUGAUGUAAUCAUCAAACUCGAAGCUGAAAAUGAACAAUUGAAGACGUUGGUCAGUUCAUUGGAAAAGAAAAUCGAUGCCUUAGACCGAAAACACGAGGAAACAAGCUCAAACAUCACAGAGCAGUUGAAGGAGAGUGCAUCAUCUGAUUAUGAGAUUGUGAGUGAUCUUUCAGCUGAGAAUGAACGUCUCAAGGCACUGGUGAGUUCGUUAGAGAAAAAAAGUAAUGAAAACGAUGGGAGUGAUUCACCAAACGAGCAAAAGGAGGGGACACACAUGCUGAAAGAAGAAGAUAGCAUAACUGAUGAUGUUUCAGUUGAUAAUGAAAUGACCAACAAGCUUGCUGCUGAAAACAAAGAGUUAUAUGAUCUGGUAGAUUUGUUGGAAAAGAAAGUACAAGAAACAGAGAAGAAGUAUGAGGAAGCAAGUAAACUUUGUGAAGAGAGGCUUCAGCAGGUUGUAGACGCAGAGACAAAACUAAUCGGGUUAAAAACAUCUAUGCAAAUGCUUGAAGAAAAAGUCUCUGACAUGGAAGCAGAAGAAAAAAUUCUACGGCAGCAAGCACUGAUGAUUAACUCAGCUUCCAAGAAAAUGUCACCCCAGGUGUCUUUUUCAGGACCUCCGCCAAUGGAGAAUGGACAUCAUGUAUCAUUGGCUCCUAUACCUUCAGGAAAGUUUGGGGCAAUGUCGUUUAAACGAACUCUCGAACAACAACCACAUGAAUACGUUGACGUCCUUCUCAGUUUUGUUUCUCAAAAUAUCGGUUUCAGCCAUGGGAAGCCUGUUGCAGCGUUUACAAUAUACAAAUGUCUCAUACACUGGAAACUAUUUGAAGCAGAGAAAACCAGUAUAUUUGAUCGUAUUGUUCCUCUCUUUCGUUCCGCUAUAGAGAAUCCGGAAGAUAAUGAUAAUUUGACGUAUUGGCUUACAAACACAUCUACGCUACUGUUCUUGCUUCAAAGAAGCUUGAAAACUCAUGGCACAAAUGGUGCAAGUGCGAAUAAACCUCCUCAGCCGACUUCAUUUUUUGGGAGAAUGACACAGGGUUUCCGUUCUACCUCUUCGGAAAGCCUUUCAGGUGACGUAGUGCAACAAGUAGAUGCUCGAGUUCCAGCUUUGCUUUUCAGGCAGCAGCUCACAGCCUACGUUGAAACGAUAUUUGGGAUAUUUCAAGAGAAUGUGAAGAGAGAACUAGAGCCUGUGCUUUCCUCAUGCAUUCAGGGACUGAAAGAUUCAUCACAUGAGCCCUCUGCAGAAAAUUUACCAGCUGAGACAUCUGAACAGAAUUCACCAGCAAAGCCAUCUGAAGAGAUUCCACCGGAAAAGCUGUCUGAAGGUGAUUCACCAGCAAAGCCAUCUAAAGAGAGUCCACAGGCAAAGACACCUGAAGAGAAUCCACAGGCAAAGACAUCUGAAGAGAGUCCACAGACAAAGCCAUCUGAAGAAAAUACAGAGGCAAAGACAUCUGAAGAGAAUCCAUCGGCAACGCCAUCCGCAGAGAAUACACCAGCGGAAAGUUGGCAAGGCAUUACAGAUCUUUUGAAUCGGCUUCUCGGCACAUUGAAGAAAAAUUACGUUCCUAUGUUUCUUGCUCAGAAGAUAUUCAGCCAAACAUUCCAAGGCAUCAACGUUCAAGUCUUUAACAGCCUUCUGGAGAGGGAAUGCUGUACAUACCACAUGGGCAAAAAGGUGAAUGCUUGGUUUAAUGAACUAGAGGCAUGGUGUAGCCAAGCAACUGAAGAGUUUGUAGGGUCUUCAUGGGAUGAACUCAAACACACAAGACAAGCUGUGGUGCUCCUGGUUACAGAACAAAAGUCCAAAAUUACAUAUGAUGAUCUUACCACUAACCUCUGCCCGGCUCUUAGUACUCAGCAACUGUAUAGAAUAUGUACCUUCUGCAAAAUUGAUGACAACGAGGAUCGGAAUGUAUCUCCAGGCGUGAUUUCCAACUUGAAACUUCUAAUAACAGAUGAAGACGAAGACAGCCGUUCGUUCUUGUUAGACAAUGAUUCCAGUGUCCCCUUUGCAGCCGAUGAAAUCUCCAACUGUAUGGAAGAGAAAGAAUUCGCCAAUGUAAAGCCAGCGGUUGCACUCGCUGAUAACCCUAACUUCCACUUCUUAAAGGGCUGAGACCUAUUUUUCUUACCAAAUUGUACAGUAGUCCCUUGCACAGAUUUACGGUAUUUAGAAUCCCAUAGGGUGGUUAGGUUUAAAGCCAGCGAGUACUCUACUUGUAAGGAAAUAAACUCUUUUUUGUAGAGCAAACUGUGUAGCGUUUGGUGUUGGAGAAUUGUAGACACCAUUAGUGAGUAAAAGAUUCACAGAAUAUGUGUCUUGUAAUAUUUUUGAGUUUGGAUGAUGUUUUU